AUGUCGAAAAUUGAGCGUCUGAACGCCCGUGUGGCGAAGCUGCUGACGGUGGCGGUGCAUGAGGUUUUGGAGGUGGUGAAAGAGACUGUGUCUGAGUACCAGGAGAAAACAGCCAGAACUCAGAGAGAGAACUUGAGUCUGAGGAGGAGACUGCAGGAACUCCAGGACAAGAUGAAGAGAGAGAACACAGGUGAGAUUCAAUGAUUGUGGCUGAAGUAGUAGGCCUAGUUUACUGUAAGUAUGAGGAGGGCCUGACUUUCUGCUCUGAGUCUAUGUUGUUGGGUUGCUCAGAUGAGACUGCUAUCAAGUUGUUGGGUGUAGUUUUCGUCAAAAGCACAUGUAGCAGAAACUAGGUCUAAUUCUGAUGUUUAGAUAGUCCUUUAGUUAUUCAUCUGUGGGGACAGAUGAGAAGCAUUGUGAUAUGCCUGAUAAAAUUAAUACAGUCAACAAUUGUUACUCUCUAAAAUGUGGUGUGUGGUUUUCUGAUACUAUCUUUGUCUUUGGCAGCUCAACAGUCUGCCACUGCUCCCACAGCCAUUUCAGGUAAAACCGAGCAGGAGGAGGGAAGCGAGGGCAGCCCCUGGCCGAUUCAACAGGACCCAGAGUCUACACAGCACGAGGACAAACCAGUGCUCACCCAGAAACCGUGGAGGAGACUGGAGGAAGAGUACAACAACUCACUGGAGCUAGACCACUUGGAGGACUCCGAGACUGAGUGUAAUGUCACACUAACGUUAGCUGAGCGUAGCGGAGCGCCUCCCGAGAGGUUGUCACAGGUGACUGUAUACAUGCCUCACUCUCUAUGUGACGCCGACCUAGACUCCAUGCACACAGGACAUAUGUCCUCCAACAUGUUACCCCUAAGCCAUCCCAGCUCUCCUCCUCACCCAGGUCUGUCCUCGGGUGAAAUCAAAACCGAACCUGACCACCUGGAAUAUUCCUCUGCCCCCCAAGAGCCCCCAGACCAGAACCAAUUUUUUGAGUGUGAAGACUCGGAUAGUAGCGCAACGCAAAAUCACAGUGCCCCGGAACCCAUGCAGAACAACCCGGAAAUGCACGGCAUAGUGCACUACAUCAACGCAGAAGGUCUAAACACCUUUGUGGACUCGUUUCCCUUCGCAUGUCACCCAGAGUUGGUCCAGGACGCCAGGCGACAACACAGGCCUCUGCUUAGGCGUGAGGAGAGCCACAGCUGCAUUCUGUGCGGGAAGACGUUCAGCCGGAUCGGGAAUCUUCGGAUCCACCAGCGCUGUCACACAGGGGAGAAACCCUAUUGCUGCCUGCACUGUGGGAGACGCUUCAGUCACGCUGGGAACCUGCAGAAACAUAAGAGGGUCCACACUGGGGAAAGACCGUAUGGCUGCCAACAGUGCGGCAAGACUUUCAGUCAGUCCAGUCACCUUAAGAAGCAUCAGAGAAUUCACGUUGUCAGGCAUCUUAGUGUUGAAUAAAGUUUGACUUUCAGAUUAAUUGUCCAUGAAUCAAAAGUGAAGUGCAUUUGUUGAACUUUGGCCUAUUUGUUUGGACGUUUGGACGAGCGUAGCCUAACCUUUGCCACUUACUUACUACAUGGUCACAAAAGGUAUAAUGUAGACCACACUUUUUUUUGUGAAAUUGGGACUAGCUUGUGUAACAGUGUUGUGUCCGUCCCUCUUCUUGCCCCAACCUGGGCUCGAACC